AUGAACUGGCUCUACGACUACGAGUCGGGCAAGUUCUACCAGCUGCCCGCGUUUUUGAACGAGCCCGCGCCCCAGGGCUACGUGCCCGUGGACCCGGAGCGCCCCGACUACGACAAGUUCCCCAAGUUCCGCAACGCGACGCGCCUCGUCUGCGAGGUCCGCAAGGGCGAGACCAUCUACGUGCCGUCGAACUGGUGGCACGCGGUGGCGUCGGAGCCCGACGGCGACUCGGGCGUCGUCGCGGGCGUCACCCACUUCUACGAGCCCCUCUACAAGGCCCUCUCCGACUACGUCCACUUCUCCUCGAACCUCGCGGCCUACGGCCACAUCCUCAACCGCACGCAGGCCGCGCUCGAGGGCGCGGCGCGCGCCGAACUCUAG